UCGAGCGAUGAGUCGUUCGUUGGCGCUCGGACGGUUCAGACGCGUUUCCUCGAUCGUCUCUUGAGUAAGAAUCAAGAAAAGGAUCGAAGUCGUGUGCGAAAUUGUGUUUGUUUUAAUAUUAUUAAUAUUUAUAUCGAUAUAUGCACCUAUGCCGGUGUAGAUAUAUAUGUAUAUGUAUAUCGUAUAUAAGAUAUCGAAAUUAUUGUCUUUUAAAGAAGAAUGUUUCACAUUGGAUCGAAGAAUCGAUAGAGAUCGGUGUUAUAACGAGUGCAAGAGGAAAGCUAAAUUUGUGAUCUUUACUUAUGUCACCGGGAAGAAAUCGCGUGUUAAGUCGUUUAGGGGUGCCUUCGAGAAUGACUCUUAUAUCGAGGAGAGAUUCACGGAAAUCGACUGGCCGUUGAUCCUGCAAUAUUCAAAAGCAGACCUGGAAAAAUACAUACGCGAGAAAGUGGUUCGUGUGGGAGAAGUACCGAGAAGAAGAUGUCUACAUAUCGAUUCAACAACGCCUUUCUGGCUUUGGUGCUCGUCGUAGCGGCUUUCUUAAUACAAUUCGGAAACACUCAAUACUCUUUCCAAGAUAAGCGACAGCCGCAGACGCUGCAUAAGUAUUGCGGGAAAAAUCUAUCGAAUGCACUUGGAUUGCUCUGCGACGGCGUCUACAAUUCUAUGUUUAAAAAGAACGGGCAGGAAAUGGAAAUGGACGAUUAUCCGUUUGCUUAUGACGAAUCAUAUCCAUUUAGAUCGGCAGUUACAGCGAAUGCAAUGAUGGGUCGUUUUGCCGGUACACGUUUUCGAAGAGAACCUAGAGGCGUUUACGAUGAGUGCUGCGUGAAACCAUGCUCGAUUCAGGAAUUAACUAGUUAUUGCGGCCGUGUUUCGCAAUAAUCAUCGACGAUCAGUUAAAUCGAUCUCUGCUUUACCACUCUUCGUCUAUUACCGUAAAUGUGAUAAUACCGACGAUAAUGACGUAUCAGGUCUCUGCUUUACCAUUAUUCUCUUCUGUAAUACCAUAAUGUGAUAAAUGACAAUUAAUGUACACCACAUCUCUGCGCGACACCUAUCGAAAGCUUUAUACACGUUUCAAAUGCAUAAAAAAAAAAAAAAAAAAAAAAAAGAAAAAAAAACGAAGACACCGGGUGACCCACAAAUAAUGAGUUCACGUAAGAUAAACAUUAUUUAUUUUGCGUGGAUCAAAAAACAUUCGCCUACUGCUUGCCUAUGAACGUUCGGCCUGAAAAAAAAAAAGAUUCAAGACAUAUAUGUUAAGUUAAA